AUGGUUUACCAGGACCAUUUAACAAAAUUUGUUCUUCUGCGUGCGUUAACAUCUAAGAGAGCAGCAGAAGUGACCUACAACCUGAAUGAUAUAUUUUUAACUAUAGGAGCGCCGUGCAUUCUCCAAUCUGACAAUGGUAGAGAAUUUGUUAAUAAUGUGAUUAGUGAGCUCGCUUCUCUUUGGCCAGAACUUAAAAUUGUGCAUGGAAAACCAAGGCACAGUCAAAGUCAGGGUUCCGUUGAACGUGCUAAUCAAGAUAUAGAGAACAUGAUAAGUUCUUGGUUGAAGGACAACGAUUCAAUGAAAUGGUCGGAGGGCUUAAGAUAUGUCCAGUUCAUGAAAAACCGCGCCUUCCACUCAGGUAUAAAACAAUCGCCUUACAAGGCCUUAUUUGGGAUUGAGCUUAGAGUAGGGCUUUCGACUUCAUCGUUGCCGCAAGAAAUAAUAAAUGACAUUCAGGAUGAGGACGACCUUAGAAAAGUUAUCGAAGAUGAUUCGAAUUGUAACCAGAGUGAAGAUGGUGAUGGUGGUGUUAUGGAAAUUGACACACAGAACAUUCAAGAAGCUAGAAAAGCGGCGGCAGAAAAUCUUGAAAAGCAAGCAAAAAAANCACUAGAUGCCUUCAUCUCAAAAGAGUGA